AGUGAUUCUGAUAGUAUUUAUUUGAAUUUACCACAGCUGCACAAAAACAACCAAUAAGAGCUGAGGAGUCUCCAACGCAGAGGCCUUGUGAACCAUUUUUUAAAAAUUUCUGAGCCCACUAGAUGACGCCGUCUGUUAAAAGAAAAAUGCUCAAUGAAUUGCAAUUCAGUGUGCUUUCAACAGUGUUGAGCAAAGAGCGCCAUCUGGUGGUCUCCGAAAAUGCAGACAAUUUUUCACAAGGCUUUAUUUGGACAUCACUACUUGUGUGGCUCUGGAGGAGCUCAGAGUUACCAAGGCUUAAACUUCCAGAAUAUAAAUUUGUAACAGAAAGCCUUCGUUUCAAAGACAUGUGGCGGGUCACAAAUCCUCAGAAUACACUUUAAGCAGUUAGUACCCAAUAUAAUCAUCCCAUUUUAAGAUGGAAAUUAUACAAUAUAUUCUCUGUCAAUCAAAUUGCAACUUUUGAAUGUUGAACGUUACUUCCAAUUAAAUGUAUCAGAAAUUAGAAUCAAGGUGACAGGUUGUACAAAAAUUUCAGCAUUUUCAACAGUACAGAUAAUUUCUCCACACCUACAAACUAUCAUUUCUCCAGCAGUGUUUGAAAAGUUUCGGGGGUGAUUUAUGAGCACACACUUACUGAUUGUUAUUUAAAAAGCUCAUCAUCUCUCUAUUUGAGUCGCAAUAAACCAUGACAUUCUACACAGCACAGCAAGCCCAGCCCCUUGAGCCUUAAAGUGAAACUGACGGUUACAGUGCCAGCUCUCUAACUACCUGUCUGCGAUACCGUUUGCACUACUGUAUUUGCCUUCUCAGGUUUCAGGAGUGAUCCUGUUGUUGUUUUUCUCCACAACGCAGAGUCAGCUUGGAUGGAUGGACACACAGUACAGCUGUGACACGAGAAAGACUUGACUGUGUUGCACUGCAGCGACAAAGAAAGACUUAAGUGUGUGAAGAAUGAACAGCAGCCACCAGGAAACAUCAGCAGACAUACAGGAGACAGAGUUUGGGAGUCCUGCCCUGUCCAAACAGAGGAGGAUCAUCCACUUCUCCAAUGGAGAAACUCUGGAGGAGGAAGACAGUGAGGAGGAGGAGCAGGUCUCAAACAGACCUCCCUUCUUGGAACCUGCAGAGAAGGCUAGGCUGUCAUUCAAGAAUGUGGCCAUUCUAGUUGGGAGGAUUUCACUGCUAACUUGUGAUUUCCUUGGAGAGAGACUGGCUGGUGCACUAGGAUUGACUGCAGCCAAAUACCAGUAUGCUAUUGAUCAGCAUCAUCGAAAUCAGAAGAGAAAAAGCAGCAAAGCCACAGACAACCUGAUGGAAGAACAGGCAGAGACGAUCCAACUCUCUCCUGGACCGGAUGGGAGUCAUUAUGGAGCUACAGGAGAUACGAAAUGCCUUGCAGAUUCCCAGGAGAGCUGCGAUAAGAAACAUAUGGACACAAGCAGAGGAUGUCAAAACAGAGCCUAUCAGGCAGAUGAGGUUACAGAGGUGUAUAAGAACGGUGAGGAUGAGAACCCAAUCCUAAACCUGGGAUCAGAUGCCAACUUGUUUGAAGGAGACAUUUUUGUUCCACAAGGAAAGAAUGCCAUGAUUGACAAAAGAUACAGAUGGAAAUUUCCAAUUCCUUACAUUCUGGGUGAUGAUUUGGAUUUGAAUGCCAAGGGCUGCGUCCACCAGGCUUUUGAAAUGUAUCGGCUGAAGUCUUGUGUUGACUUCAAGCCUUAUGAGGGAGAGAAGACAUUCAUCAAGUUUGAAAAGAGAGGAGGAUGUUUCUCCAGCGUUGGUGACCAGCAGAUUGGCCAGAUUCUGUCUUUGGGCACAGGCUGUGACCACAAGGCAGUGAUUGAACAUGAGCUACUCCACGCUCUGGGGUUUUAUCAUGAACAGUCCCGAACAGACAGGGAUGACUAUGUUGACAUCUGGCUGGAUUACGUUAUACCAGGACUUGAACACAACUUCAACAAAUACAACGAUGACUACAUCACUGAUCAAAACACGGCAUACGACUACGAGUCUGUGAUGCAUUACAGGCCCUUCUCCUUCAAUAAGAAUGACUCCACCCCCACUAUCACCACCAAGAUUCCAGAGUUCUACAACAUCAUUGGUCAGUACCUCGACUUCAGUGAGAUGGAUACCCUAAGGCUGAACCGGAUGUAUAACUGCUCUGGUCCUCUAACCCUGCUAGACCAGUGUGCCUUUGAGUAUGCCAGCAUCUGCGGGAUGAUCCAGGCCUCCACUGAUGGUGCCGACUGGGUCCAUACCAAGAGCAGUGUGGGUGCUGAGGAUCACACACUUCUGGGAAAAUGCAGAGAUGCUGGCUACUUCAUGCACUUUAGCACCAUGACUGGGAAGCCUCAGGAGUCUGCACUCCUGGAAUCCCGAACCCUCUAUCCCAAGAGGAAGCUUCAGUGUCUGCAGUUCUUCUACAAGAUGACAGGAAGCUCCAAGGACAGGCUGGUGAUCUGGGUUAAGAUGGAUGAUGGCACAGGCACCAUUCGUAGAAUGAAGAAAAUACACACCUUUUAUGCUGAUUCUGACCACACAUGGAAGAUCGCCCAUGUCCCAAUGGAAGUAGGAGUAAAAUUCCGUUAUGCUUUCCAAGCUGUGCGCGGUGAUCCCUCUGCAUCUGCUGGUGGCAUCUUCAUCGACGACAUCAGCCUAACUGAGACACGCUGCCCCAACAGCGUGUGGAGGAUCCAGAACUUCUCCAAGAUCAUGGAAACGGCUGACCACGACACAUUCAUUGACAGCCCUCGUUUCUACAGCCCUGAAGGCUACGGUUACGGUGUCCGUAUCUGGCCACUGUCGACUUACGCUGAUUACACUGGGAACUACACAGGGCUGUAUUUCUUCCUGGCCAGCGGGGCAAAUGAUGCGGUGAUGCAGUGGCCAGCAGUAAACAGACAGGCCACCUUGGUUGUGAUGGACCAAGACCCAGACAUUAAGCUGAGGAUGUCCACCGCUCGCAGCCUCACAACUGAUAUGAGGAAGACCCCAGAUGGAAAGUUCUUUUGGGACAAUCCCGCCAAAGUGGGGACACAUGACCCUUCCUGUGAUUGCUACAAAAGUGAGUCAUGGGGCUGGCGGAAUUUUGUCAAGCACUUUGACCUCAGGCGGCGCAAUUAUCUCAAGAAUGAUGACCUCAUCAUCUUCAUCGACUUUGAGGAUAUAACAUCACUAAUCAACACAGAAGUGCCCAUUAAACCAAAGGAAUGAGGUCACACAAGAUUUCAUAUCAUGAUUAACUGCAGAAUAAUCAGAUGCAACAUAUGCAGCUGAGAUGAGAAGAACUACCAGUGGAGAUGAAGAAAGGAUGCCAUGACACAUUAUCAGAAUCAUUUAAAGAACUUAAACUUUAAAAAUUUAAAAUUAUAUUUAAUAUCUAAAUAUAAAAAAGUUGAAAUACUGUAUAUGCAUGCUUUUGGAGAGUGUCAUCAUUUUUGAACAGCAACUUUUUUUCUCACUGAACCACUGUCUCAAUAAAAGUUAUUAAAUUCUGCCAUUAAAGAAGAA